CGCAGUUGUGGUCUGUGGAAAAAAAGGUUUUGCGAUCAGGAACUGCGGGUUGUGAACGAUUGUGUUAGACUAUAUUAGUGACUUCAUUAGAGGGACGGUAUGCAAAAUUAACAUUCAUGUCGUGCAGAAGCGGAGCCAGCGUUUGGGAUGCACUGGAUUGCAUUUAUUUAAAACAGUCUAUGAAGACCUCUGUCUGCCAAACGGAGACAACAAAAAGCUUCUCGCUUUAUGAGGAGGACACCUAACGUGUGGAGCGGGCUCAUAUAGUGCCAGAACAAGUGGGGAAAGAGAUGCAUUUCUAGACAGUCGAAUAUAGUUCCAGCUUUCUAAAUGCGUCUUUUUAUCGAACAGACAAGAACAAUGAGCAGUGGCUCUAGCAACUUUCUGCUAGUGCCUAUACCGGAGUAUCCUGUACUAGACUGCGUGCCAAGCAAAAACGUCAAAAUAGUUGUUCUUGGUGCAAGCAAUGUCGGAAAAACAGCUCUGAUUGUACGAUUUCUUACUAAGAGAUUCAUAGGAGACUAUGAAGCCAACACAGGAGCCUUGUAUUCAAGGAAGAUUAAUUUGGAUGGGGAGCAAGUUUCUUUGCAAGUGCAGGACACUCCGUGUGUUUCACUCCAGGAUGACGCAGAGGGUCUUUACUGUCAGGAGCAGAUCAACCGCUCCAUUUACUGGGCAGAUGGAUAUGUUCUCGUCUUCUCCAUCACUGACCUCAACAGCUACCAUACCAUCCAGCCUCUCUAUCAACAUGUGCGCCGAAUCCAUCCCAGCGGCAACAUCCCUGUUAUCAUCGUGGGAAACAAGAGCGACCUGCUGCGUGCACGGCAGGUCCCGGAACACGAGGGAAAGGCACUAGCUGAUGAAUUGGGAGGGCCCUACUUUGAGGCUUCGGCCAGGGAGAACCAUGAGAGCGUCCAGGCUGCUUUUCUGUACUUAUGUCAGGAGGUUAGCCGAGCGCUGGGAGGAGGAAAUGGGGAGAAGAGAAAAGGUGGACUACACCUUGCCAGGCCAAAGAGCCCAAACAUGCAAGAACUGAAGAGAAGGUUCCGGCAAGUGUUGUCAUCUAAGGUCAAGUCAGCGACUGCACUAUGAAGAAGAUGAUAUGAUUGAAGAAUGUGACUGUAUAGGAUUCAGAGAGUGUUAACAGUAUGCUGUUGCGUAAGUGAUUGUGAAACACGAGGCAAAACAAUGAAACUUUCCAAGUAUAGAUGUGCAGUGAGAUCACUGUGCUCUGCAUGAACUGUAACAUAGGACUCCUGACACUGAACUGGUUUUAAGGCCAAAAAAUAGUUUUUUGUUUAAUCUUUUAGCUGCAGUUAUGCAGAUGUUUCCUAGUUUUCCAGGAUUAUGAUUAAUUUCUUAAAUUCGGUUGUUUGAUAGUGAAUUUCUUUCUUUUAAAUGAAUGAAUAAAUGAAUUUCCUUAAUCUCUUUUAAUGGGAAGCAAUGAUAAGAUUAUUUUUGACCAAUGUAUAUUGAAAGUAACAAAGUAAAACAAACAUGCUGAAGGGCCGUUUAUUGGAUACAUAAGUUGAUCGCAGUCUGUUCCUAAGAUUCUCAUGUGACUGGAGCAGUUUUACAAAAUGCUGUUCUAGGAUUAUCCCAGCUUUUCCUGACAGUGAGAGACAUAAUCCAGCUAUGUUGUUUAGAAUCGUGGGAGGAAGAGGUUGUUGACUGGUGGUUCCCAUGACCUUUGACCUACUUACACUGCGUCAAGGAUUUGAGUGUACUAUGGAGGUUCUUAGAGGGUCUCCUUCGCUAUUUCUUCCAGAUGUCCCACUCAAAUGGACAAUUGUUUAUCUUGCAGCACAGAUGAAGUAGCAUUUCUCUGAAGAAGGUCUGGAGAUUCCUGGACUAAACUAUUGGUCAUGCACCCAGUUAGUCAUUGACCUCUAACCUUUCACCUCUGAUAUGGCCUACCAUUUUCCUCUCUUCACCCACUGACCUAAAUGAAAAGCAGUUUCAGUAAAUGACUAGCCUUGAACUCUCUGCUCUCGGGAAAGGGAGUGCAUGUCCAUUUCCUUAUACUUUGACAAAGUAAAAGACUGGGAAAAUAUACAGUA